AUGGCAGACUCGGAUGUCUCUCACCAAAUCACUAGGCUCAUCGAGGUCACAGAAGGCAUCGUCGAGGCGUAUAACCCGAUCAAAGACCUCCGUGGCCUACCCGAAGCCUUCCAGGAAGUGAACAACCUCCUCCCUUUUAUCAGACAAAUUCUUCGAGAUGCAAAUCGUCCGAGGAGGAGAAUCCUGUCCGUCAACGACGCUGAGGCGCUGAAAACAGCCCUGUGUAGCUGCAGUGAGAAGGCUAAUAGGCUACUGGAGAUUUUCAAGAAGAUCGUGAAGAAGACAAAUGGCCAAUACAGCUCUUCCGUGUACCGGGCAAUUGUUAUUCAGCACGGCAAGCAUCGUGUCGAAACGCUGGCGGAUGGCAUUUUGCAGGAUUUAGGAGCCCUUGUGGCGCACCACAUAUUCUCGGCAGACAUGCAGAGGCAAGUCGAGUUGUUAGAGAAUGCUCGAGAGACGCUAGCAAAAGUGUCUCCAUCACUCACGGACUCCGAUCCGGCCGAGCAACCCCGUGCUGUCGCACAGUAUGGGGAUUAUAGUCGCCAGUAUAAUCUGCUCGGCGAGGGUGGUCAGAGAAUCGCCGAUGGCCACUAUUUCGAGGCACAGGGAAAUCAGAAUUUUGGCAUGUUCCCGCCGAAGAGCUUUAUGGAAAGCUCUGAGAUCGCUGCAGGUCAAUGA